CCUGCCGGUGCAGAAGAAGUUUCGAAACACUUCAAAAAAGUUUAAUACUUUAUUUUUUGGAGGUUAAGUUUUAUUCUUUUUAAGUGGAGUUUUAUACCUUUUUUUACAAGUGUUAUUAGAAAGACAAACUUAAAAUUAAGUUAUCUUUGGGAUUAAUAUUUAUUUAUAAAAAAAUUAACAAUUGAAUUAUUUUUAGUUUUUUUUGGGGUGCUUAAAAUGAGGAUAUCACAUCUGCUUUUCGCCGGGCUAUUUUUACAAAAUCUUUUUUAUGUAACCCUUGCAGAAGAUGUAGAAGUCGUUGAGGCCAUUCCCAGUAAAGAAGAACUUAACGAAAUCCCUUUAGCCACCGACCGUGAAGACAACGAGCAAAAACCCGACCAAGUCGCGUUAGAAUCGAUGGAACAACAAUUAAAAAACCAUCAGUUUAAUGGUGGCGGUCCAGUUCGAAACGGAUUUCCACCAAGAGGAGGAAAACCUUUCGGAAAACCUCAAUUUGACAAGGAAAUUUAUAACGGACCUCCACCACCUUUACCACUACGACAACACGCAAUGGAUAAACUCGGAAGUGUAGUUGGGGGCGGCGGAAAUGAUCUUUGGCCGAAACCCGUCUUGGAUACACCAAGAGUUAUUUCUUUGGAUGCUAAAUGCGAGAAGAAUUUAAUGAAGGUUUAUUUGGAAUUUGAUAAACCUUUUUAUGGAAUUGUUUUUAGUAAAGGUUAUUUCAGUAAUUUACAUUGUAUUCACGUCCCAGCUGGUUUAGGAAGGACAAGUGCACAAUUUGAAAUUGGAAUACAUCAAUGUGGGACUUUAGGAAACACCGAAAAUGGUCUUUAUGGUUACGGAGCCGAUUCAGGUUCCGGUACAUUUUUCGAAAACAUCAUAAUAAUUCAAUACGACCCUCAAGUACAAGAAGUUUGGGAUCAAGCUCGAAAGCUUCGUUGCACGUGGCACGAUCAGUAUGAAAAAUCAGUAACGUUUCGACCAUUCCCCGUUGAUAUGAUUGAUGUGGUUCGAACUGAUUUCGCUGGGGAUAACGUUGGUUGUUGGAUGCAAAUUCAAGUUGGAAAGGGACCGUGGGCUUCGGAAGUUUCCGGUUUGGUAAAAAUCGGUCAAACGAUGACGAUGGUUUUAGCUAUAAAAGAUGAUGAAUCUAAAUUUGAUAUGUUAGUGAGAAAUUGUAUGGCGCACGAUGGUAAGCGAGCGCCGAUUCCUUUAGUCGAUCAAAAUGGAUGUAUAACUCGCCCGAAAUUAAUGUCCAAGUUUACAAAGAUUAAAAAUUUCGGUUCGAGCGCAACCGUUUUAUCUUACGCCCAUUUCCAAGCAUUCAAAUUCCCAGAUUCAAUGGAAGUACACUUUCAAUGUACGAUACAAAUUUGUAGACAUCAUUGCCCCGAUCAAUGCAUUGAUUCAAACAAUAAUAAUUAUAACGAUAUUGAAGCGGAAUACGGUCCACCAUCGUCUCAUCAACUUCCUUUAGAUGCUUUCUUCCACGCAGGAUUACAAAAGCGCGAAGAUAGAAGAACGAGGAGAUCUGUAAAUCCAGAAACGGAAAUUGGAGUUAAUAAAGUUAUUAGAGUUGUGUCAACGGGUGAUUUAACAUUUGCUUUGGAUGAAAAUUCGACGGCCACGGUGGCUCCGCCAACGAUUAUUUUCCCAGCUAAGGAAGAAUUAAGUAAUAAUGGAUUAAUAUGUAUGACAACGCCCGGUUUUGCGGCUACUUUAAUUAUUUUAUUGGCAAUUUUAAUCGUUUCUUGUUUACUUUCGGCGUUUUUGUGCGUUAAAUUAAGGCCGAGUAUUCAAGGGAACGGGUUAUAUGUUGGGGGGAAGAAAUCAAAAAGUUGCUUUUAUUCAUAGGAUUUAAUGUAAUUAAUUUUUUGUAAACGCAUAAUAUUCAAUGACACAAAAAUGUUUGAGGUUAGUUUUUAUUUUGUUGAAUAUUAUGAUUGUUAGCUCUUUAAAAACAAUUCUUUUGGUAUUCUUUAAAAGAAGUUUGGAUAUUUUUAUUCAAAAUGUAUUAUUACCUGUUUUUUUUACCUUUUUUUGGAAAAUAUUUUCUUGUAGAUAUUAAUAGAUGUACAUAGGAUUUUUGAAUAAGAUGGGAAAGACUUUUUUAGAGUAUUUAAUUAUAAUUUUAAGUUGUUUUUUUAAUUAAGAAGCCGAAAAUGAAGGAUUUUUACUCUUAAUUAAAAAAAAUUACAAGGAAUAGAUAUUUAUUUAUUAUUUAUUUACGAUUUGAAACUUUUAAUUCAGCAGGACACCGAAUUUUUUGUUCUCCUGGAUUUGAAUGAUUAAAAAUUAAUUAACAUAAA